AGUGAGCAGUAAACGUUGCUGAAACACAUUUAAAUCGGACGAAAUAGUGUUUCUUCAAGUGGCAUACAUGCUGAGGAAGAUGUGGGAAGUAUUGAUCUCGACAAAUGUGGAAAAUUAAACGGAUAAAAUUGCAGUGGAAGGAACAUAACCGGAGGGAAGUAUCAUUAGUAUGACGACCCGGGUAAAUCAUAUGAAUCCAGCGGCAGCUCAUCCCUAUAGUCUACCGCCGUUAACAUCACAAACGGUAGGUGGGGGAAGUCAAACCCAGAGUGCUGGAUUGAAAGUACAACAACUUUAUAAUGAUGAUCAUGGAAAACACCAAAAACAUGGUCACACCGGAACGGCCGACGAAACUAGGUCCCUACCAAAUCCCCGUCCCAGCUCGAGCGCAGGCAGUAAUACGAGCAAUAAGGGGGGUUCGGCUACAGGGAAAAGACAUAAGCAAUCUCCAGAAUCAGCUAUGAAGCAGUAUAUGACCAAAUUGAGUUCAUUUGAACACCACGAAAUUUUCAAUUAUCCAAGUAUCUUCUUUGUCGGCCAAAACGCGAAGAAGAGGCAAGGGGUCACAGGGGGUGCGAAUAAUAGUGGUUAUGACGAUGAACAGGGAUCCUACAUGCAGGUACCCCAUGACCACAUUUCCUACCGUUACGAGGUAUUAAAAGUGAUCGGCAAAGGAAGCUUUGGCCAGGUUGUAAAGGUGUAUGAUCAUAAGGCACAUGAACAUGUAGCACUGAAAAUGGUCAGGAACGAAAAGCGAUUCCACAGGCAGGCACAAGAGGAAAUUCGUAUUCUGGAGCAUCUGAAAAAGCAGGAUAAGGAUAAUGCUUUUAACAUUGUACAUAUGUUUGAACAUUUCAUGUUCAGAAACCAUAUAUGUAUAACCUUUGAACUUCUCAGUAUGAACUUGUAUGAACUUAUCAAGAAAAAUAAAUUCCAGGGAUUUAGCUUGCAACUUGUCCGGAAGUUUGCACACUCAAUAUUGCAAUGCUUAGAUGCAUUAAACAAGAACCGUAUCAUUCACUGUGAUCUCAAGCCAGAGAACAUUCUUCUCAAGCAACAGGGCCGUAGUGGUAUAAAGGUAAUAGACUUUGGUUCAAGCUGCUAUGAACACCAACGGAUAUACACAUAUAUCCAGUCAAGGUUCUACCGUGCACCAGAGGUGAUUCUAGGAGCCAAGUAUGGUAUGCCUAUUGAUAUGUGGAGUUUGGGCUGCAUUCUGGCAGAAUUGUUGACUGGCUACCCACUUUUUCCUGGGGAAGACGAGGGUGAUCAACUGGCCUGUAUCAUUGAAUUACAGAACAUGCCUCCACAACGACUUCUAGAUGGCGCGAAACGCACUAGAAACUUUAUCAGCUCGAAAGGAUACCCUCGUUACUGCACUGUCACAUAUUCAGAUGGUGAAACAAAAUUGCAAGGUGGAAGAUCAAGGCGUGGAAAGACAAGGGGGGCACCUGGAACCAAACAUUAUGUUGAUGCGCUUAAGGGAUGUGAUGAUCCACCUUUCAAAGAUUUCCUGAAGCGUUGUCUAGAGUGGGAGCCAUCCAACCGAUUAACACCUAGUCAAGCUCUAAGACAUGCAUGGCUACGACGUAGAUUACCUAAACCACCCCAAAAUGAUACAAGGUCAGAUUCUGCAUCACGUCGGAAAUCCACCGCCAACACAAAUACAGUGUACCCAAAUAGUAAACUGGCUAGUGGAAGCUCCAGUAGAGGAAAAGCCGGUGCUCCUGUAUCCAUUGUAGACAAUGAAGUAGCACGAACAAAACUGCCACAAAUACCAACCUUAUAGGGAUUUUUAUUGUGUGAUUACUCAAAUGCAAGAUAAUACAUAGACUCUCCAUGCCGUCCAAUGGAUAAUGAUGAGAAUUCUUCAAAAAGUGAUCAUAUGAUAUUGUACACAAGUGUAUUUGAAUGAUGUGUUGUAUUUUAUCCUGUCCAAUAUUAUUUCUUAUUUACACCAAUUAUGGAAUGAUGUUCUGUGUUAUUAUACAACAUAAAAGCCAAAUCUUUGUUAUGAUGUGGAACUAGAGAUGCAACGACACCUUAACUUUUAGGAAUGUACUGGAUCAAUGUAAGAAAAGGGAGAUAAUACAUACACACCAUGGAACAUUUUAUAAACUGAAAAGUUGAAGGUACCUUUUACAGUGGGCGAGAAAGCUCAAGAGUUAAGGGUGUGUAAACUUGAAGGAAAUAUUAGGGAUUAUGCCUUUACAUUUACGGAUAUUUCUAUAACCAGCUUGGCAGAGAAAAUUAUACCUAUGUACAUUUUGUGCUACAUGUACUGAUCUUGGUGAUCUAGAACAACCCAAUUCUGUGGACAAAAGGAACUGCACAAGAGCUUUGUGCAUACAAAUUGAGCAUCACUGUGAUGGAUUUUUUUAUGUGUUUUCUAAGUCGUUAUGUUUUAAUUCUCCUAUUUUGAGAGAGUGUGGGGGCAAGUAUUCUGAAUUUCUGGUUAUUUUUCAACAUUUAAAGUACUAGCUUUGCUACAGUGCUGGUAUGAUCAGUAUUCAUUCUGCAAUAACUGAGAUAUGUUGAUACAUACAAAGUUUUAGUUUUAGCAUUGCCACAAUACGUUAACCACACAAACCUUUCACAUACAACCAGAUUAUUUCUCCAUCUGUCUCUUGGUUCUCUAUUCUUAACAUUUUCUCAGCGUUUCAAUUUAAACCCUGUGUUGCAGUAUUCUUUGACUUUAGUAAAAUAUGUGUAGUGGAUACCUAUCAUUAGAGUGUACUAAUAUAUCAUGAAUAGUGAAGCUGAUUUUUUCCAUUUAAGUUCAAGAUCAAGUAUCUGUUAUUUUAUGUUGUGCCUUUAUAUGAUGUUUUAUAAAAAAAAUCAGCUUAUUACCUCAUUCUAGUGUCACAGAUUUUCUGUAAUUCAGUAUACUCAUAACAUUUCAGAUAAAUAAAAACAUGAUAUAUAUAGGAAAAUUAGAAUGUUGGCUUUGAAAGCAUUGAUUUAUUUUAAGUUCCCCCUCCCCACUUUAUAUCACCUAGGCAUUUCAUGUUUGAAUAUACAAUCAACCACUCAAAAUGUUCCAAACUUUGAAUUUGCCUACGUUUGAGAUAAGCUUAUUUGUGCAAACUUAAAUGUAUGUUGUUUCUUUUUUUCUCAUUUGUUUCUAUUUGUUGAUUUUUUCGCUGGUUUACACUUCAUAGAAUUAAUACAGUUCUCAAGGGACAAAACUGAAAGUUUUAUUGACUUUCCUUAGAAUUAGAAAGAUUGCAUUUGCCUAUUUUCAGACGAGUGAGAAAAAGUUUGGUGUAUGAACCUGCUGUAACUUGUUCAUGAUAACUUUGUUGCCCACAAGUUAUGUGUGUUUCAUGUUAGGAAUUCUAUCUGAAUCUGCCUUGUAUGUAAUUCAAAAAGCCUACUUUGCGUAAUGUACAUAUUUCUUUGAUUUGUGCCAUCCAUUACUUUAUUAGAUGUAAUGUACUUUUGCUAAUGUCAAAGUUUGUUCUUUAAAAAGUGUAUCUGUUUAAGCAAAAUGGCAUGUCAUUUUUAUUCUCCAAAAAAACAAAAGCAGGAUGGAAUAGUGAAAUGAUUUUAGUAUACUAAGUUAUAUAUUAGAUUAUCAUGAUUUUCAUGGUUGUACACAAUUAGAAAAAAAAAGAUUAUUUUUUGAAGUAACAUUGAUUUCUUCUCAUUUAUAUUUCUCUAAAAGAAAGUGUCUAUUCUCAAAUCAUUAACUCUACCAGUCUGCUUUUAUGAUCAUUACUGACUAUU